GCCACUCCGCAGCGCAGCCGCAAAGGGCCGCCACGCUGUGCAGGUCGGUCGGGAGGAAGACGGCUCACGUGACCCCUGGCGGAGCGUGUGUAGCUGGGACUCGGAUGGAGCAGGGAGCCGGGGCGGCGAGCGGGCCGGCGGGGAGCCCGGGGCUGGCCUGCGGCAAGCGGAAGAUGGCGUUGCACGGAUGUGAAACCUGUAGUGGAGAGGAAGCAAAGUACAGGUGUCCACGUUGCAUGAAAUACUCAUGCAGUUUGGCGUGUGUGAAAAAGCACAAAACUGCACUGAGUUGUAAUGGAAUCAGAGAAAAGACAGCAUUUGUCUCCAUACAUGAGUUUAACGAGUUGAAUCUCCUAAGUGAUUAUCGUUUUCUGGAAGACGUAGGAAGGAUGACUGAUGGUGCUGCUCGAGAUGUUUCCUUGCAUAGACCAACAACCAAUAAAUUUAUAAAUUAUUUGAAAAACCGAGCUCGAAAGCACAAUAUCCACUUGAAAACUUUACCCAUUGGAUUUACAAAAAGGAGAGAGAAUUCGACCACCUUCAACAAGAAGGAGCAAAGGUUCUACUGGCAUUUGAAGCUCAUAUUUCCUCACAGUCAUGCUGAAUACACAGUAAAAAGAGUGCCUGAUGAUAAAAUGCUAGGUGAAAUCCUUAAACCUUACCUUGAUCCUGAAGAAUCAGAUCCUGUUAUUCGUCAAAGAUUAAAAAUAUAUACAAUGUCUCCUCAGUCAGAUGUGCAAAUUUUAAUGAAAAUAGAAAACAGGCAACAUAAUUCUGUCAGCUAUGAUGAACUGCAUACCAGUAAAAGCCUUCUAGACAAUUUGAAAGACAAGGUAGUAAUUGAGUACCCAACAUUACUUGUGGUAUUAAAGAAACUCAAGAAUGAUAUAAGAGUUCUUGGCCAAGAUGCUAGUGAAUCCACUGGGGACUUGGACAGUGACAGUUCAUCCCUCUCAUCUGAGGAAGAAGGGGAAAUACGGGACAGUUCCUGAAAUAUCUGUUUUGACAGAAGGGGGUGUGAUCAGCUUCUUAUACUUUUUUUUUUUUUUUUUCCCUUCAUUACAUUUAUUGUGACAGUUUUUUGUUUUAAGGGCAACAUUUUCAAAACUGGAUGCCUAACUUUAGGGUAAGUCCUAGCCAUACAUUUUCCAUAAAUCAGCGUAAUAAUAUAUAUUUCAAAGGUACAUUCAGCUUGUGCAGUAAUCUUGGGCAGCUAGCUUUUAUCUUAACAACCCAGCUCCAUAUUUCUCAGAGCUUAAAAAUCUGGCCAUUUACUUAGGUGCCUAACUUUAGGCUCCUAUUAUUUUUAAUAAAAUCUUGACCUAAAUGUUUUUCUAGUUGAAUUUAUUUUUUACAGUAUUUCUUUGCUGUGCUGAGCCUCUGUAGACAGGGUCAUAAUUUCUUGUUGACUUUAAUCUUCAUUUGGUAACAAUGUAUGUGUUUAGUGCAGUAAAUUUAGUUUUUCAUAUUUAGGUGCAUUAUGCAGGAUCCAGUGAGAACAUUUUUUUUUUCUGGCUAGAGUAGUAGUGAGCUUUUGAAUUGUUAGCAUGAUGUUAUUUUUAAUCGGCAGAACUGAAUAAAUUCACUCACUGCAGGUAAUGCUAAUACAUUUAUGACAUAAAUAUUUCUUAUUUUGUGUACUUUUGUAUUGUGAUUUCAUCUAUUGAAAUCAGACAUUGUAAAUAUUUCCUAGUUUUAAUGGAAUAUCUUCUGAGAUUUAUCUCUAAUUUAAAAUAAAUAAAAGAUGCUGCAUAGAGAUCAAUGUAACACAUCACCUGCUGGCAAGGAACAUUUGCUGUGAAAUUCUACAGCAGGCUGUGAUUAUCCCGUAGUACACAUCCAUGUCAUGAGUCACUUAAUACCUUCCAGCCUGUUUUUUGGUUAGAUCCCAUGUCUAUGUUGUUUGCUGUAGGGGGACAGCACACAUGGCUGGAGGCAGUAAAGCACCAAUACACC